AUGUCCACAAGGCAUAUGCGUAAAGUUUUGGGAAGUACAGCGUUACCACCUCCCGAUGAAAAUUCAGAUGAUGACUUUGUUCCAUUAUACACCAAAAAGCAUUCCUUGAAAGGGGCAUAUGCUGCCCUGGAAUUAGACUCAACACCAGAAUCUGAACCUGUGGAAGCUCAACAUCAAGAUGAUGAACAGCCAGAAUGUUCUAACGAUGAAAGAAAGAAAAAGAGGAAUAACAGAAAAAAUAAAAAAACAAAACCGUCAAAUCUGCUUGAGUUGGAUGAAAUUGACAAAUCAAUAAGAGAAGUAAAUGCAUUACUUGGAGAGCCAACACAUCACACUGAGACCGUACAGAACAAGCCGGACCCUGAGGCUAUACUUUUUUCAGUUCAACAAAAACAUUUGGACUCUAAUAAUGAGAUGACAAGAUUAUUUGGACCAGAGGAUGAUGAAGAUGACAUUAGACGACAAAGACAACGCAAUACUAAGAUACAGAAGAAUAUAGUUAUACCAAAAGCUUAUGCUUUUAAUAAGCUCGGUCUAUCUAUGUCAAUUAGAGGUAAAAAAGGUGACAUAACUUACUUUGCAUUCGAUCACAGCAAGGAGUACAGAAUUAUGCAUCAACGGUACUUGGAUUCUUUGAGAGUCCGAUCAAAUGCAGACAACAUGGUGUUACAACUGCAGGAUCUGAUAAAUUUUAUGCAUAUUGAAGGUCCCUUAGAGUAUGGUGACAUGCUAUUCCAGUUGGAGGAGUACUCAGUUGGGAAUGACAUUCUAGAACAGUGCAUUGCUUACAUGCAAUAUGUCGCCCAUCCAUGUUUUUCACUCACUGGGAGAAGAACUCGUCUAGAAUAUAAAUACCUUGAAAACCGACCAUUUCACAUUGCCUUACUGAAGUAUGCCCAUUUAUUGACAAACCGAGCAUGCCAUCGCACAGCUCUGGAAAUAGCCAAGGCCCUUCUAAACCUAGACCCGAGUGAUCCUUUAGCUGUCAUCUUCAUAAUAGAUGCCUUUGCACUAAGAUCUCGUGAACACAAAUGGCUUUACGAUGCAGUGGAAUAUUGGAAUGUAAAGAGGGACGGGCAAUUCAUGUUCAACCUGCAAUAUUCACAGGCUAUGUGCUGCUUACAUUUGUCCAAGGCUAAGAAUAAAGAAAGUACUAUUGAAGAAGCAAAUAAACGAUUGCGAAAGACUUUGUUGAAAUUCCCAUAUGUUCUAAUUCAGUUACUAGAAUGUUGCAACCAAGGUGUACCUGCAGAAAUACGGAAAAACCAUUUCUUCAAUGAGUUUGCAUCUGUCAGUACACCCCAACCGCUAAAAGAUCUAAUGCAUCUUUAUGUCAAAUUCACCUGGGCACGAUGGAAAGAACCGGCUGUGUUGGAUUGGCUUAUAAGCAAUGCAAAAGAGUUAAUCACUGAUUUGGAGAAGAAUGUUAUCAAUCAGGCAGCAACUAAAAUUGAUGUGCAGAAUCAUUCAAGAUUGUUCCAAAAGUGGCCUGAAGAGAUAAUAAGACAUCUUUGUGUCAUUAAACCUCUGUCAAAUCUAAUUGUUGAAGGGGCAGUACCCAACGUCCCUGUCUACACGCUGAAUACCAAUCCGUGUCCCCCCGCCAAUACAGUCAACCGCUACAACUACGCACUACAAAGGCAAAGCGAUAUGGAUUUUGUUCCUGCACUCUUGCGCACCAUUCAACCCAACUACAAUGAGGAUGAAGAUAAUAAUUAA